AUGCAUCUCCCAAGCAACGCUUGGACCAAGUUUAACCCGUUCCGCUCUGGCGCUGGACCUUGCAUGUCUACCUUCCAUAAGUGGAGCAGCAGUGUGUCCCCUCUUAGUACCGGCAGUACUGUGGACACGAUAGAAAAUAUCUGCAAAAGUGCCUUCUUCGGCGGUUCCAAUGCAGCCUCUCGACACCUUUUUGCAGACGACCGGGCGGUGACGUGGCUUUGCGAGGCAGCCAUCGUUCCAUGCGGAAAAAGCAACAUCACUCUCAGCAACUCAACACAGACUUCAGAAACACUGACUUCGCCUUAUUACCCAAAAAACUAUCCCAACGAUGCCCGGUGCAUUUGGUUCAUCACAGUUGAUGAAGGCUCCACGAUUGCCUUCCGUUUCUCCGUGUUCAAUACGGAGCGAUUUUACGACACGUUGACCAUUGGCAACGGCCACGAGUCCUCCGAUGGUGACUCUGUUAUUGGUCUUUGGAGGGGUUUCCUGACGAAUCUAUCCGUCGUUUCCAAUAACCACACGGCAUGGAUGAAGUUUACCAGCGAUUAUUCGGUAACCGAGGUCGGAUUCGAGGUAAAGAUCACUCAAGAAAGACCUGAAGGUUUUUGCGGGAAAAGAAACAUAACUCUCAACAACUCAACCCAGACUCCAGAAACACUGACUUCGCCUUAUUACCCAAACAACUAUCCCAACAAUGCCCGGAGCAUUUGGUUCAUCACAGUUGAUGAAGGCUCCACGAUAGCCUUCCGUUUCUCCGUGUUCAAUACGCAGCGAAGACGGGACACGUUGACCAUUGGCAACGGCCACGAGUCCUCCGAUAGUGACUCUGUUAUUGGUCUUUUUAGCAGUUUUCUGACGAGUCUAGCCGUCUUUUCCAAUAACCACACGGCAUGGAUGGAAUUUACCAGCGAUUCUUCGGUUACCGAGGUCGGAUUCGAGGUAAAGAUCACUCAAGAAAGACCUGAAGGUUCUUGUGGACAAGAUGAAUUUGCAUGCCAGGAUGAAUCCUCUGGCUUGAUUUGUUUGGCACGUGACGACACCUGUGAUGGUGAUGGCUUUACACUGUGCCCAGAUGGAUCAGAUGAAUCUAACUGCCGUAGCUACGAACCAGACAUCAACUUUCCGUUCAGCAGCGUACAGUACAUCACCGCCUAG